AUGGAGCUUCACAUUUCCACGGCUCCUUACGGAGUCUCUCUCCCCUCCUCGCACAGAGCGCACGCUGCAAAGUUGAAAUGGUUCUUCAACACUCACUUGUUUAACGGGGCCAAGUUCCGGCGACGAAUGCGUCCCAAUCAGAGGCCUCUCCGAAUCGCAUUCUGUUGCGAGAAAUUCUGGUCGCAAAAUGGGAAUCCGAUUCUUUAUAGGCAAGACGAAUGCGGGAAUGCUUCACAGGAGGGGCCCAAUUUCAUCGAAGUGAUCGGAAUCGGCAGUAGAAAAGACGCAAUUCUCGAUUUCUGCUUGUCUUCGCCUGUUCGUCCAUCCUCCCUGAGAUUUUGGAAUUUUCUCAUAGAAGAUUCAAUGAAUGUUCGAUUACAACAAAGGUUACCUGGAGAAGAUGCCACCCCAAGAGUUGUGGAAGCUCCUUCAGUCUUGCAGUCCUCUUCCAAAGCAGUUAUACUUGUGAUUACUGCAGCUUAUGGUUCUGACUAUAUCAGACUGGUUGAUAUUCUUAAGAAAGUAAAAUCUACUCAUAGAUUGAUUGUUGGUAUUGUUCUCAAGCCCUUCAGCUUUGAAGGACGAAGGCGCCAAGAUGAGGUCAUCAAUUUGGUAGAUAAACUGGAGGAGUAUACAAAUCUUUUUCUUGUGGUUGAUACGGACAUACUUCUAGAAAAAGAUCUGGUGACAUUAGACGAGGCACUAAAGACUGCUAAUACUGCUAUAUCGAUGACCAUAAAUGCCAUUUCCAUUCUUAUAUCUGAUAGCAAGACGAAGCUUCUCUAUUCCAUGCAGAAUACUAUGAAAGAACUCAAGGUUUCAGAAGUAAUAAAGGUUCUGGAAAGCUAUAAAGAAGCAAAAAUUGGAUUUGGAGCUGGUCACAGUAUUAAAACUUCAGCCAUGCAAGCUAUAUAUAAAUGCCCUUUUCUUGGUGUGGGUUUAAAGGAUUUUGAGGGCGUUCUUAUCUGCAUCCUGGCAAGUUCAACUGUUAUUGACAACAGUGAAGUGAAUGAUUUUUUGCAUACUUUUCACCAAGCUACUGAAUGUACAGGAGAAAUCAUAAUAUCCCUAGUUCAUGAAUCCAGUAUGGAGCCCAACUUAAUAAUGGCAACAGUCAUUACUGUUGGUCACACUAGGCGUAAGGCUUCUCAAGGAGGUAGCAUAUUAUCUAGAUUGGCCCAGCAUUUUCCUUCGAUUCUCAAUCUUUUGUGGAGGCACCCUCAUGAAUCUCUUGAGACUUCAGGAAGCAAUAUGCCUGGAAGUUCAUCUUUUUCUGAGGUGAUGCAUUCUUCAGAGCCUGGGGAAAUGCCAAAUAUGACUCCCACAGACACAAUGGCUGAAGGUUUUGGCAAUUACUCUACUGAACUAGAGACACUGUUGAGCAGCAAUGAUAAAGAAGUGUAUUGCAUGAGGGGUGAUGAUAGUAUUUCUGAAGAAAAGGAGAUUGAAUUGUUGGAGAGCACAAUUGACACUUCUGGCUUGUAUGGCCUAAAUACUGAAGGAGUACCACCUUUACAAAGAGAACCACUGGUUCGAUUGAAUUUGGGGCAAGAAUAUCAAAUUUCAGAGUCCUUCAAUGAGCACGAUAGUGGUCAUGGAGCCUCUCCAGUACUUGACAAUCCAUGCAUCUACAAACUUCCAGUUGGUGUAAAAGCAUCCGAGGAGUUGAAAAACAGUCUCAGUAUCUUAAAGAACAUUCGUCACCAAGAGAAAAUAGCUGGAGAUGAUAUGAAAAGACCAACUCCAAGGAUGUCUUUGAAUGCAUUAUCUGAUGCUACCUCUGAAGUUGUUUCAGAAUUUUAUGGUAGUGCUUCUUCUGUAUUAAAAGGAACCUGCACUGAUAUGUCUAAGAAGCAAGGAGUUCUUUCUGUUCGUGCAGCAUCUAUGCUGGAAGCUGAACGAGAUUCACAAAAGAAGUGGAACCCUUUGGUGGAGAUGAAAUACAGAGGAGGGAUAUAUAGAGGGCGUUGCCAGGGAGGUCUGCCUGAAGGAAAGGGCCAGCUGUCUCUUAAGGAUGGGAGCAUUUAUGAUGGCAUGUGGCGCUAUGGCAAGAGAUCAGGUCUAGGCACAUUUUAUUUCAGUAAUGGGGAUGUUUUCCAGGGAUCAUGGAGAGAUGAUGUCAUGCACGGCAAGGGCUGGCUUUACUUUCACACUGGUGAUAGAUGGUUUGUGAACUUUUGGAAAGGAAAGGCAAAUGGUGAAGCACGUUUCUAUUCAAAACUUGGUGAGAUCUUUUUUGGCCAUUUUAGAGAUGGAUGGCGACAUGGUCACUUUCUUUGCAUUGAUGUUGAUGGAGCAAGGUGUCUUGAGAUUUGGGAUGAAGGUGUUCUUGUAAGCCAGAAGCAGCUUGAUUCCGAUGCUAUUUCUGGAUAAACCAUCUUCCACAUGUAAUAUUUUGUAAGGGGAGGAUAAUCCAUUGAGCACCUUCCAGAGUGGCUUCCUUAGCUUGGACUGCUUCUAAUGGCUCUCUCACCAUUGACAACCUAAGAAGAGAAGGCAUGUAGAGGCGAACUGGUGAUUCAUGCGCAACAAAGGAGGAAAAAUAGUGAACUAUUUAUUACUACAACGCCCAGUGGCUCAACAGUUGUCAGAUCUUGUCCUUAAAACUUUUUGGCGCUACUUGGGUACUUCCAGCCUCUGUUCAAGAUUUGUUUCUUGGUUGGCCAAAGAGUUGGGCCAGAGAGGUUUGAGUUUCUUGAAGAAUAUCGUGAGUUUUUCAUGGAAAAUCACUCCUUGUGUUAUAUGAUCUUUAUGGAGAAAAGAAACAAAAGAGCCCUUGAAGGUCUUGAGACUUAUUUAUCUUUUUUGAAGAGAAAUUUCUAGUUUCUCUUAUUUUUGUGACCAAAGGGGAUUUCUCUCUUCUUUUUUUUUCCCCUUCUUUCAUCUCUUUUGUAAAUGAGUUGUUUUAUGAUUAGAGAGAUUAUUUUAUUUUCAGCUUUCGCUCAAGGUUUGCCCCCUUAAGGCAUUGUUCUGUUACAACACUUACUUUUUCCUUAUGAGUAGAAAAACAU